AUGCAAGAAAGUAACAUUCACAGUUCGUACUCAAAGUACGUCGUUGUGCAUCGCGGGAGUCAGAUGGUGUUUAUCGCCCUCCCAGCGGAGGCAAAGUGGUUGGAAGCCCGCCUCACAUACGCCGCAUUAAUGAACCUGGACCCUCAGCGAACGAUGCUCACGGCUUCCUUCACCACCUUGAAUAAAGUCACCCCUUCUGUGUGUUCAGAUGAUACACCCAUUAAGUGGCCUGCGUCGGGGGCUCUGCACACAGUUGCGGUUGAGGCGUCGCCGGAUGGCACGUGGACGGCACUAAACAGCAGCUUGCGGCCACUCAAUACACAAAGAUGUGGGGCGGGGGGCUUUCCACUGGCUGUCUCGAAAUAUUUGGGUUCCACACAAUCCAACAUGCAGCCAAAUGCAUAA